GGAAGAGGGAGGAGUGUCGGAAUUAAGUUUUAAAUGCAAGGAAGGGCCCCUCCGAGUCCGACCCCCCCCUCGUUUCAUUUUCUACUGCCCCAUGUCCCUUAGAACAUGGAGGAAAUUAUGGCGGAUUCCCAACCAUAAAAGCUCUCAUACAACCCCCCUCCCAAACACUUCCUAGUUCUUGAAGCAACAAAACCCAUCAUGCCAAAAGUGAGAAGCCACGGCCAAAAAGAAAGUAACAGAAACCCACUUCUAUACUAUCAUUGCAAUCAAAUCCAACAAGAAAAGCAGCCAUGAUUUUUGCACUUCCUUUGCCAAUCACUCUUUUCAAAUCCGUUUACACUUGAAAAAAGCAAGAAAGAAAGAACGAAAGAAAAAAGAAAAAAAAUUUCGGGCCACUCUUCCCAGGUAGUAAGUACUCUACUCUUAACCAACCAAAAAAUUAUAAGAACAAAGAAAUUAUGGAGAUUGAAUCAGCCAAGUGCGAGUGCUGUGGCCUCAAAGAAGAUUGUACCCAAGACUACAUAACCGAAGUCAAGGCCAAAUUUGAUGGCAAAUGGCUUUGUGGGUUGUGCUCAGAAGCUGUAAGAGAUGAAGUUAGCAGAGGAAAAAAGCCAUUCGGAAUGGAAGAAGCUGUGAAGGCUCACAUGUCAUUUUGUGGUAAAUUCAAAUCAAACCCGGCGGUUCGAGUUGCAGAUGGGAUGAGGCAGAUGCUUAGGAGAAGGUCAGGGGAUUCAUCUUCUUCUCCAUCUUCCGGGGAUCAUAUCAUUUCAAAUGGAGGCUGCAUCUCGGUUUCCCUAGUUCUUGAAUUAUAUUGGUAUGUUCUUUUCUCUCCCUUUUUUUCGAAUCUCCCAACUUAUAAUCAUACUGGCAUGGGAAAAAAAUAAAAAAAAUAAAAUCUUUUGCCUUUUCUAUUCCUUGAAAAGAAAACUUUCUUUCAAUUCCCACGAAAAAAAAGAACCUUAUAAGAGCUAGCUCUUUUGUUGGGUUCUUGACUGUCCUUAAAAAGAAAUUUUCCCUGAUCAUCGUUGCAUUUUUUUGAUGACUUGAUGUUUGUAAAGAGAAUCGGGCAGUAGAACUGAAAUUUCCUUAAAAAAUUUAAAGAUCUCAUGAAGUCGAUCUGCAAGUCAAUGAAUAAACAUGAAGUAUAUUAAUGCAUGGGGUUGAAACUCGAAUAUACAAAAUCGAACUCUUCUGGGUUAAUUUCUUGAUGCCUAAGAUAUUUUUCUUCCUACCUGACUCGAUCACUAUCAAGUUGAUUAUACAAUCAUUAACUUUAUUAACAAUUCUCUGUUUUCUAGUAUUAAAAAUGUGGCAGAAAGGGUCAACUUCCCACUCCACUAUAAAGGACAAUUACCUCAACAUUAUGCCCUAUGCUUCAAUUAUUUAGGUUAAAUUAUUAAUUUCCCCAUUCUAGAUGAUUAGUGGUUGACAAGAGAAACAUGUUUAUUUUUGUAAUAAGCUGGGCUUUGCAGUACUGAUCAGAUGUGAAUGGGGUGCAUUUAGUAACUGUAUUAUAGCCGUUGAUCUUUGGAAUAUCAACCAAGUAGUACUUCAUGUUUGAGCUACCCAAUGAUCUCCAUUUCUGUUCCUAAGAUAAGCUUGAAUAUUUCUUUGAUUAAAAGAACUUAUCUGCUUGCAAUAAGACAGCCCAAAGCUGUGUAACUAAUGAGAUUAGAAAAUGGAUUGGCCUUACAAAUAUAGGCAGAGACCCCAACUCAUAAAGUGGAAAACAGAGUUUAAUGUGUAAAUAUGCAUGUUAGAUAGAAUCCUCUUAAAAAAAUCACAUAUGAUCAAUGAUAAUGAUGGGUUUUGGGCAUAUGCAAUAUUCUCUGAAGAAAAUGAGAUUAUUUGUGGAAAGAGCUGCAGUUUUGUGCCACUCAGGGUCCAUGUGAACAGAUGGGGUGCUUAUUCAUGAGUCAACAUCUGCUUAUUUCACAGUACUUUUGUUUUUUUUGCAUGCACUUAUAACCGUCUGAAGGUGUCGUGCCUGAUCAGAAUCAGCAAUGCCUCUUAUGGCAUGGCAUCUGAAAUUGGAUUCCUGAAAACUGUUGUCAGGAGUGUGUAAUAAUAAGGCAUUCAAUUUACAGAGUUCAUGUUGCAAGUCUCAACCAUAAUUCCUAAGAUGCCUGCAGGCUGCAGCCCACAUAGGUAUUGAUCCAUUCAAGCGUGUCUCAGACACAAAAUAGCGAAUUAACCAUGUUUAAUUCUAUGAUUCUUCAAAGUCUCCAAGCAAACUGCAGGUCCCCGCCAUCUUCGAACAAGCAUCCUAAAAUUGGUUUUGACAAAUA